AUGGAAUGCUUCAUCAAAGUCUUCUGGAGUCAGCCCAAGAAGACGAUCAUGAAGUCUCAUUCCUAUUCACUCAGCGGUGGCGACUACCGGCCCAGGCACAGGGGUACCAUCACGAGCUUGGCGUAUGAUCCGGCCGCGAAGCUCCUCUACUCAGCUUCCUCUGACAGCACCUUCAAGGUGUGGAGUAUCGGAGAGAUGCAGUGCGUCGAGACGGUGCAAGCUCACGACGGCAGCGUGAAUGGGCUGGUCGUCGUCGUUCCUGAUACCGUGGUCUUUACCUACUCCGACGACGGCAAAGUGAAAACGUGGGGGAGAGGUCCGGGCAAGAGAUGCACCCACGAUCUCUUGUCUCAGAUGGAUACGCACGGUGACCCGGUGAAGUCCCUUGUCGCCGUUGGAGAAGCUGGCGGGGUGGAGGAGUUCUUCAUGCUAUACGCGGGCUGUUCCGACGGUUCUCUAAGUUACUGGAAGAAGGGGGAAUCGUCUGGCCAAAUGGCGUACUUGGGCUAUUUGAGAGGUCACAGCCAGGCCGUCCUCUGUCUGGCCGCCGCAGACAGGACGGUCGUGACUGGGUCGGAGGACGCGAGCGUGAGAGUCUGGAGAAGGUCGGCUGACGGGCUGGCGACUCACGUCUGUGUGGCCGUUCUGUGCAGUCAUAUGGGACGGUGAAAGCGUUGGCGAUGGCGGUGGAGAGCGAGCAGGCAUACCUGGUGUACAGCGGGAGCCUAGACGGCUUAGUGAAGCAGUGGAGGAUCGCCAGAGAUCAGGACUGA